GUGUAACACAAAGACUCUGUCAACUUAAUUUCAACAACAGACCUCAUUAGCUUACCGAAAAAGAGGUAGUGUAUCUUGCCAGCGGAGAUAUACGAGUUUCGACGCCAAGAAAUACUUUCUAAAACUCGUCUUUGACCAGUUUCACAGGUCAGAGGAAUAUGUCAAAGCUGGAGACCUUGCUGAAAGAUGGACUCAUAUCAGAGUUAAUGCUCCAGCAGCAGCUGAAGGCUCUGAGUGAGGCCCUCAGGCAGCAGCUGCAGGAGACAGAGAGGAGACAGAGGGAGGAGCUGGAGAGGAGGAUUCAUCAGAACGCUCUACUGUCAACAGAUGUAGACCGAGACUCCGGUGAUAAAAAUGAAGUGAACCAUCAGGCCAAACAUGUGGGAAUAAGGAGAUCCACCUCUACAUCUGCCCUGACCUCAGACAAACAGACUUUGCACCAUCCCAAACAGUCAGAGAGUCCUAACUCAUCUUCUUCAGCCUUGGUAUCUCCAACAAACUGGAAGCAUUGUUCAGUCAGGACUUCCAUGCUGACUCCUACCAAGACUCAACAGUGUGAGCGGUUAGCUUUAUCUAAAACAACACAGAUGAGCAAAGAGGAGGAGGCCGAGGCUGAGUGUCAGAAGAAGUUCUGCGCUCUCCCAGCCCCCAGCGAUGUCAUUCAGCCCCUUUAUCAGGAGAUGGUGGAGCUGAGAGAGAAGGAGAGGAAGCAGGGCCGUGAGCAGAGGAGGGACUUCUUGCUCUCCAUUCAAAAACCUUUCAGCUUCCAUGAGAGAGAGAAGGAGAAAAGGGAGAAGCUGAUAGCGAUGUUAAACCAAGUCUCACAUGAUCAGAAAAACAAGGCUGCUACUGUUAGGAAAACUCGUCAUAAAGAAGUAAAAGACUUGUCAGAUUCUGAGCUGAAAGACCAGGAGCUUUGCAGACAAGUCCCCACUCAGACAACAGUGCAACAUGAGAAUCCUACUGUGUCUGGCAGCCGGAAACUUCGCACUGCUGAGCGCACCAGGAAAGAAAAGUUGGGAUUCCUGGAUGAGAGACCCAGCUUCCAGCCAAAAAUCAUCCAUCAGGUCCCUGAUUUCAGCAGGCUGCACAAAGCCUUGCAGACUGAGGUGCUGAGAAAAACACAGAGUAGAGAUGUGAUAAAAUGUCAGCCCUUCUUUCUGAGGACAUCAGCUCUCCCUGCAAGGCAAAGUAGGAUGAGCCCUGAAAACUCACAGGUACCAAAAAUAAGUAACCUCAGUAAAAGCAAGUCACUUGGGGCCUUAACAUCACUGUCCACAGACACACUCCCCACGUACAUCACAGAUGCUGUAAGGAAGCGCUGCAUGGCCAUCAGAAAGUCAAUGGAGAUGAGGGAUAGCAAGAAUCAAGAGAGUGCAGACUGGUUAAAGAAGUACCAGAUGAGGUCCCAGGCCAUGAAGAAGACAGUCACACUCCAUGCAAAGUUGCUGGACCCACACAGCAGCUUGAAAGAAGUGUAUAAUGAAAAACUACACCACCAUCGGGAGGCUGACCAACAAAGGAUGAGAGAGUACACGAGGGAGUUACGGGAUAUGAAGGCACGAGUUAGUGAACGCCCUUAUUUGUUUGAACAGGUGAAACAGAAAAAUGCAAAGGCUCACGCAGAGCAGACAUACAGGAACAAGCUGAAGAAAGCCGGUUUAAAGGAGAAAUUUGUUGAAGAAAAUGGAGAAGCAGGUGAAGGAGGAACAUCAACAUCCUCCAGAUCUGAGGACGAUACAGAUGAGAAUGACAUUCAUAGCAGGGAAGAAAAUGUAGACGACGGGGAGAAAAUUGAAGAUGUGGAAGAGAAGAGCGUGAAGUCCAAAGGGGAAGAAAUGCCAUGAUCAAAAAGGUUCAGGCGGCACAGAGUUCCCUGUGGCCUCUCCACUAGAAAACAACAUUGUCCUCAAAAAUGAUUCAUGUCCCAGCUAACUAUCCGCACCAAGCGUUUGAUAGUUUAAGAUGUGCAACUAUAAAUUAUGAAAUUACAAAACAUCUGGACUUUACAAUCACAAAUGUGAGGGGUUACAACUGAAAGAAAAUAAAAGUUUAUAUAACUGUA